GCACAUCCAUGCAGCGCCGAGCCAUAGCGAUCGAUCCAAGUGCCAACCAGUAGCCAGCAGCCAUGUUCAGGUGCCCCAGCAAUGGCAAUGGCAAUGGCUAUGGCUACGGCCAACAGCACUCCACCACGAACUACCACCGCACCCACUCCGGCGAGCACGUCACCAAGGUCGCCCAGAGGCCCGGCGUCGUCCUGCAGCACCACGUUGUCCACAAGGAGUCGUUCAAGGAGGUCGACGGCGGCGCGGCCCCAGCCAACAACCGCCGCUGCUUCGACAACUAUCCCAUGAAGGCUAACAACGCGAUGGCAGUGAACCACCAUGGCGGAGGCUCCCACCACCGCUACGAGGCCUACGAGGAAACCUACGAAGAGUCCAGCUGCGAGGAGGAGACGUACGCAUACGGCGCCGGACGCCACCACGGGCACGGCGGCGGCGGCCGCCGCUUCGAGUACGAGACCCACGAGGAGACCUACGAGGAAGAGGAAGAGGAGGCCGUCGUGGGCGGCGGCGGCUGCGCCCAGCUCAGGCGCCCCUACUGCCGCCCAUGAGCAGGCCCCCAGCUGGAUCGUGGUGUGAAUGUGUGGAUGCCAUGCCAGAGUCCGGAUUGGUAGACGUCAUGUUGGUUUCAUAUGGGUACAAAUAAUAACCUGCAGGUGACAAACCUAGCUAAUCUCGAACGUAAAUAAAUUGUACUCCCAUUCCCAAUCCCAUUCAUAUAUCGAUGCUCUGCAUCCACCGUAUGUAUGUAUGUAUGUACUCCUGUAUGGCUGUGACUUCAGUAAAACCCAAAAAAAAUCGUGAGAUCGCGUAAACAAAACAA